AUGUUUGUGGCAAGUCCCCACCAGCAGCGUGGCCAGAGGCAUUCAGCUGCUGAUGUUGCCUCCAUUCUCGCCCAAUUUGGCCUUCUACGAACGCUGCCACAAGGAGUAUCAGAAUGGGUUGAGACUCUCAACUUGAGAGCCAUGCUGCUGGAGACCAACUCACCGGCUUUCUACUGGUGGAAGUUUUACAGCCUGGUCACCCACGCUUACAACAACUCCCCAUUACCUGGCUCCUCUUUAGCUGCUGCUGCUGUCACCCCUAAUGACUUGUAUCUUGCCAAGGGAUCUACAACGUUGCUACCCGGUGGAGCUGCUGAUCUCCCUUUAUCGCCCGCUGCCGAGCACUUUAUUGAGGCAUUUGAAGCUAUUCCCCCCUCCGAGCUGGCCUCUAACUAA